CCGGUUUUGAUAAUUCCCACAAAUAAUAAGAUGUUCAUAAAAACGUGGCCAACAACCAUUUAUGUUCACCAACCUAAUCGCCCCUCUCUCAAAAAAAAAAAAAUCCAAUUUUCCAAUUUUAUUUAACGGUCACAUUUUCCUCAUUGCCUAAUUAAAAACAUUCAGACACAAAUUUAGUUUCUUCUUCUUUUGGUUCUGUCUGAAUCCAAUUUUCUUAUAUUUUAUUUCCUCCACCACCGUGAGAUAUGAUCGCCGCCGGAGCUAAAUCGCUAUUAGGGCUUUCGAUGGCUUCUCCAAAAGGGAUUUUCGAUAGCAAUUCAAUGAGUAAUUCAAGAUCUGUUGUUGUUGUUCGUGCUUGUGUUUCUAUGGAUGGAUCUCAAACUCUGAGUCAUAACAAAAAUGGAUCUAUUCCUGAGGUUAAAUCCAUUAACGGUCACACGGGACAAAAGCAAGGACCUUUGUCUACGGUCGGAAACUCGACAAAUAUAAAGUGGCAUGAAUGUUCUGUUGAGAAAGUUGAUAGACAGAGAUUGCUUGAUCAGAAAGGAUGUGUGAUUUGGGUCACCGGUCUUAGUGGUUCAGGGAAGAGUACUUUGGCUUGUGCUUUGAAUCAGAUGUUGUAUCAAAAGGGGAAGCUUUGUUAUAUUCUUGAUGGUGAUAAUGUUAGGCAUGGCUUAAACCGUGAUCUUAGCUUUAAAGCUGAGGAUCGUGCAGAGAAUAUUCGUAGAGUUGGAGAGGUUGCUAAGCUUUUUGCGGAUGCUGGAAUAAUCUGCAUUGCGAGUUUGAUAUCUCCUUAUAGAACAGAUAGGGACGCUUGUCGAAGUUUGCUCCCCGAGGGAGAUUUUGUUGAGGUGUUCAUGGAUGUACCGCUUAGUGUUUGCGAGGCGAGGGAUCCAAAGGGUCUUUACAAGCUUGCUCGUGCAGGAAAGAUCAAAGGUUUUACCGGGAUCGAUGACCCUUACGAGCCACCAUUGAACUGCGAGAUUUCUCUAGGACGUGAAGGAGGAACUUCUCCUAUCGAAAUGGCGGAAAAGGUCGUCGGAUACUUAGAUAACAAGGGUUAUCUUCAAGCAUAACAUACUUCUAGAUACACAAAUUUGUUAUCUCACGGUCUUAGUUCUAUUUUACGAGCCAAAGUAUAAAAGUAAGCAAAUCCAUGGCUGUUUUAUGGAAUCACAAGUUCGACAAAAUAAAUAUAAAUCUCAUAAUUUUUCUUGUCCCUUUUUUUUUGUAUCAUAAAUCUUGAUGUUAUGGUUCUGUAUAUAAUAUGUGUGAAAUAAGGUUAAGCCUACUAACCAUUUUAUAUGAUCUAUAAUACAAUAUACUUUGUAUGCACUAAUGAAACCAAGACUUCAUGGCUUAUCCAAAAUUAGGGACAAAAUGGUUGUGAUGUUCAUGUAGCGUGUACGUUUUGGGGGUCGUUGGAGUGCUUUUUGCAAGUCAAACACAUUUUGUUUUUUCUGGCUGUACAUAGAGUCAUUCUUCUUACGGAAGACGGCAACAUCUCAAUGUUUUUUAUUCAGUCUCAAUGAUUUGACCUUAACCAGGUUGGACCACUACUAACAUAGCCAGGUCAAACACGUUUUAGAGCUUUUUAUGGAUUUGUUUCUAGUCAUUUCAAC